AUGGCCUUACUCCCUGAGCACAAAGCGGCGGUACGAAGCUUCCUGUCUGACGACGAGAUCCUCGAAUCCUCCUCAGAGAAGUAUGCUGCGGAAACAACCUUCUGGUCGACGUACAAAAACCCCAAGCCGCAUCUAGUCCUGCGGCCAAAGUCGCUGCCUGCGCUCCAGAAGACGGUUCAGUAUCUCUGCGGAUUGGACUUGGACUUCGCUGUCCGAUCUGGAGGGAACAACACAGCCGGCGCAAAGGAUGUCGAACUGAGCAUGAAAGCUUUCGAUUCCUUCGAAUAUCACCCCGAGUCGGAGACCAUAACCAUCGGGGCUGGUCAGACUUGGGGAGAAGUGGACAGGAAGCUCGAGGAGGCAGCCCCUGGUUUUACAGUCCUCAGCACUCGGGUCCCGUUCGUCGGGGUUGCGGGUUCCCUGCUCGUUGGCGGAUUUUCUUGGUUUUCGGGGGAGUUUGGUCUCUGCUCAGAUCCGCAAACUCUCCUGGAUGCCCAUGUGGUGCUUCCAGAUGGUAGAACGUUAUGGGCGGCGACGGAGCCAGAUCUCCUCUGGGCCCUUCGUGGUGGAGGAGGAAAUUUCGGAGUUGUUUCCACCUUCAAACUUAAGGUCUACCGUUGCUCGCAGAAGAUACACGCAGGAACUAUUGCCUUUCCAAGGACUGCAAUGAAAGCCGUAUCUCAGGGGGUGUCCGACUUCGCGAGCAGAUACACAGACCCAAAGAUCGCGGCACAUGUCUCAGUUACGAACUUUGCAUCCCCCGACGACCAAAAUGAAGCUACGAAACCUGAUGUCACAAUGCAUAUAUUCGAUUCCCACGGAGAAGAGCAUGCACGCAGUGAAUUGGGUUUCAAAUGGGCUUUCGACAUCGAGGGUGCAGUGGACAUGACGAAGGAGCUCAAGAUCCGUGAAGUCAACGAACUUACAGCAUCAUUGCGUUUCGGAGAUCACAACCACUCGGUGUUGUCUUCACCGCUUGUCGACUCUAUUGAUCCCGACUUCGUCCUGAGGAUGGCUCAGUUCCACGAGCGGACCGUAGAGACGAACCCGGCCUUUAGAGCGGGCACCUUCGUCAUCCUGGAGCUCAUGGGCAAGAAAACUUUAACCUCCGCUGGGGGCCCAUCGGCGACAGCUUGGCCUCGCACGAAACCUCAACAUGCUCUUCAAUUGGUACUGGGCUACCACUCUGACGCGGACUGUUCCACGGCAUUGGCGUUGGAGCUCCUGGAAAGGGGUCCGACGGAAAUUGCCCCUUCUCACAAGCCCAAUGAAUUUUGGCCAGCCUUUCUGCAUGGGUUCCAUGAUUUGAGCCAGAUCUUCGGGCCAAACUAUGAGCGGCUCCGUCAGAUCAAGACAAAGUAUGAUCCUAAGGGCAGAAAGAUUCUGCAGGCGCGUCAAGUUGCUCGAUUUCGAUUCCCACCGGUCUUCCAUUUGCUCUCUCUCUCAAUCACCAUGUCAAACAUAGCACCAUCCGUAUUCAGGCAAGCGCUUCGUGCGUGUCCACGGCGAUGUGCCUCCGCCAGGCCACGACUAUCGCGACUGGCAGCUGCCAGACGGUGCUAUGCGUCAGAGUCAAACCCCGCUCAAGCACAGGUGAGUACCACCAGGGCCGGGCAAACGAGCACAUUGCCGCAGGAUUCAAUUGUGCCGGGGACUCCAGUCAGCGGAGAUGCCACGGCGAGCCCGUCUGCUGGCAUUCUGAAGCAGGCCACCCUCCUCGACCAGGGAUCUCGGCCGAUAUACCUCGACAUGCAAGCCACGACACCCACAGAUCCACGUGUGCUUGACGCAAUGCUUCCUUUCCUCACUGGCCUUUACGGGAACCCCCAUUCGAGAACGCAUGCUUACGGAUGGGAGACUGAAAAAGCCACCGAACAGGCGAGGGAACAUGUUGCCAAGCUGAUCGGGGCGGAUGCUAAGGAGAUCAUCUUCACCAGCGGCGCGACGGAGAGUAACAACAUGAGUAUCAAGGGUGUUGCGAAGUUCUUUGGGCGAUCGGGGAAGAAGAAGCAUAUAAUUACGUCGCAGACUGAACACAAGUGUGUCUUGGACAGCUGUCGACAUCUGCAGGAUGAGGGAUUCGAGGUCACCUACCUCCCUGUGCAGAACAACGGGUUGAUAAAUCUUGAUGACCUUAAGGCUGCCAUCCGUCCCGAAACGGCUUUGGUGAGCAUCAUGACCGUCAACAAUGAGAUUGGCGUUAUUCAGCCAAUCAAAGAGAUUGGAGCCAUCUGCCGGGCGAAUAAAGUAUUUCUCCAUACCGAUGCGGCCCAGGCAGUUGGGAAGAUCCCGAUCGACGUCAACGACUGGAAUGUCGACCUUCUUUCUAUUUCCGGACACAAGAUAUACGGCCCCAAAGGCAUUGGAGCUUGCUACGUGAGACGGCGCCCGAGAGUUCGUCUUGAUCCCAUUAUCACUGGUGGUGGCCAGGAGAGAGGUCUCCGAAGUGGAACCCUUGCUCCUCAUCUUGUCGUUGGUUUUGGAGAGGCGUGCCGCAUUGCAACAGAAGAGAUGGAGUAUGAUGCGAAACGCAUCGAAUAUCUGUCCAAGCGGCUUCUGGACGGCCUUCUCUCGAUGGAACACACGACCCUAAACGGUGACCCGGACAAACACUACCCCGGCUGUGUCAACGUGUCAUUCGCUUACGUCGAGGGUGAGUCCCUCCUUAUGGCUCUUAAGGAUAUCGCUCUGUCCUCCGGCAGCGCCUGCACGUCAGCCUCUCUGGAACCCAGCUACGUUCUCCGGGCCCUUGGAAACAGUGACGAGAGCGCACACAGCAGCAUUAGAUUCGGCAUUGGCCGGUUCACGACAGAGAGCGAAAUCGACUAUGUAUUGAAGGCUGUGCGAGAGCGGGUCUCGUUCUUGCGGGAACUCAGUCCGCUGUGGGAAUUGGUGCAGGAGGGCGUUGACCUGAAUACGAUCCAAUGGAGCCAGCAUUAA